GGUUGCCCCGGGAGAUUUUCGGGAGGGGCGCUGAAAUUUGGGAGUCCGGGAAAAUCGGGAGGGUUGGCAAGUAUGAGUAUUACCGGUGAAUUCGGUGUUACAGCGGCAAUGCCGCUGUAUAAUACCGGCGGGCCAGCUCUAAUGUUAAUUUCAUAUUGCCUCAAGGGCCAAAUGAAAUUACACGGAGGGCCAAAUUUGACCCGCGGGCCAGAGGUUGACACCCAUGCUAUAAACUGUAUUGUAGUGUGGCUUUGUUAAUGUCCUUGUUUAUUUGUGUUUUUUUGUUUUGUUACGCAUUUUAUGAAUUAGUUAAUUCAUACCAAUUAUUAUUUUCAAUGUAUUUAGCUUUCUUUUGUGAUUACUUGUUUUGUAAGGUGGCUUUAAAUUUUUGGAAAAACUAAUACAUUUCGUAUUUUAACCAUAUAAGGUCGAAAUCCUAAUAAUGAAAAGUACAUAACAUCGAAAAUGUAGAAAAUAUAUUUUUUAAAUGUUCAGAUUAAUUAGGUAAUUCAAGUUGACUUUUAAGUUAAAGUAAACAUGAUUGUCACACACACACUAGGUGUGGCAAAAUUACUCUCUGCAUUCGACCCAUCACCCUUGAUCACCCCCCUUGAAGGUGAGGGGGAGCAGUGAGCAGCAGCAGCAGUGGUCGCGUCCGGGAAUUAUUUUUGGUGAUUUAACCCCCAAUUCAACCCUUGAUGCUGAGUGUUGUUGCGUUGGACCCGGUCUUCUGCCGGUCACCUCCCAGGUUGGUUCAAUGACACAUAAGCUGGUUAUAAACAAAUCCCAGGCAGAGUUGCUUAUUUUUAUAUUUUAUUACCAAAGCUUUGGGAGGCCAAUCUAGAUACAACAACCUUUCAAUCGCAUUGCCCAAAUUGAUCUAAUUCUACUAAGGAAGUGUUGCCUCUUCUCUCCCUCACACCCGCCCCCCUUCUCCCCCCCCCCCCCCCCUCCUAGCCUGAGACAUUUGAGAUAAAAGAGUGUUAUGACUUCUCGCUACAUUCCAACUAUCAAGGCCAGGAACAGGAGGUGUGUGGGUCGGAUCACAGCUGACUCUUCUCACCCUGGACACAAAAUAUUCUCCCCUCUUCCCUCAGGCAGGAAACUACGGUCCAUCCAGACCCACACCUCCCACCACCUGAACAGUUUUACCCCUCGGCCAUCAGACACGUGAACAAUACCAAGAUCGGAUAGCUCAAUUACAGCUCAUGUUAUUCCAUUCUGUGUUACAUGUCUUUUAUGUUGCACGAUUGUGCCAGGUAAAAUUCCUAGUUUGUGAACCCGUUCUCAAACAAUGGCAAUAAAAACUUUUCUGAUUUCUGA